UCCUCCCCGAGGAAGUUUUGCGAUGCAAAAGUCGCCAGCCGCGUCCGGAUUUCCCCCAGCUCGGCUCGGCGCAAACGGGGCGCCCCCUGGAUUAAAGGUGGAUCUUUGAGCAUUUCAGGGCAUGAAAAAAAAUGGCUGAAAAUUCAAAUUCUCAGGAGCUGGAAAAUAACAACUGGGUGAUCACAGGGGCAGAGGCUGCCCCGGUGGAAGAUCUCGGCUUCGAAGCUUCCGAAGAAACCCAGUUAGAAGCUUCUCCGCCCGAGAGCGAGCUUUUCCUCGACAGUCCGGAACUGGAAGAAGAUCAAUCAAAGAGUCAGGAGCCAGAAGACCAGCUGAUUCCCGGAGAUCCUCCCAGCCAGGGAUCUACUCUCUUAUUGCUGGAUGAAAAGAAGACGGACAGCUCACCUCCCGAGGAAGAAUUUUCACUCCCCUCACAAUCACUCCCAACAGGUCCCCCCAAAGAUGAGCUGAAGGCUUCUUCUUCCCGCAUCGGGGAAGAGGCGGCGUCCGCAGAAGCCGACGUCGAGGGUCUACGCCGACGGAAAGGCCGUGCCGUCGAUGUCCAGCAGGUGGGGCCGGAGCUGACCCACGACCAAGCUAAGGACACUCACGAGGACGAGGACGAUGGGCUUUCCAGGAUGAAGUGGCUGCUGGCCGUUUUAGCUGUUGUGGGUUUUGGAGUCUUGGCCAUGUUGGGGGUCUUCCUUGACACUGAGGACGGCUUAGACAUACUGAGCCUGGGGCUCAGUUCUGAUGGAGAAGAGCCGUAUCCUGCCAAUGGUGGACAGGACUGGUCACCCUCUCUGGAUUCUGCAAAAGACCCUCAACUCCGUGCAGGCAAGGAAGGUCUUUCCGAGGAUCCGAAGAGUUUGGAUGCCAUGGGAGUCUUGCUGGACAAAUUAGCCAAGGAAAAUCAGGAUAUCCGACUGAUGCAAGCUGAACUUCAGGCCCAGAAAGAAGAACUCGAGAUUUUGCUGCAGAAAUCCCAAGACAAGACCUUGGCUGUCGAUUCCCUGCAGCAGAAUUUGGCUGCGGAAAAUCAACGUUUGGCAGAAACCUUGAAGAAGGAGACGGCCGCCCUCUCGGCCGGCCGGGGCGAACUCCAGCUUCUUCGGGAAAAAGUCCGUAAGCUGGACACGACGGCCGAUGCCAAAUCCCGCCAGCAUCCCGGAGAAGACCCGGUCUCUCGUCGCCCUCCGGGCAAACUCGAUUUCCAGGAGAAGGAACUCCAUCGUCUGCGUUCCUUGCUGGGUUCGGUCCGUCAGGAUUUGGGAAAGCUGAUGCAAAAAACUCCCUCGGAGGAAUUGAAAAACCUGGAGCAAAGGCUGGGCAAGGAGGUAGACCUCAGUGAGGCCAAGAAAGAUGCUCGGAUGCCGUGGAACGACAGCGCCAAAGCUAGGCAGGGCAAAGCGAAACCGUGGCAGAAGAAACACCAAGGGGAGGAGAAAUUUCGGCACCAGGACGGAGGGGACCCCAAAGUGGCCAACGAGAAGGGACCCCAUCCCGCCAAGAAACACCAAACGAAGACCCCGAGAGGAGGAGACCACCAGCGGGGAUCCCGCAAAGCCAGAAAACCCAUGGAACCCCAGGAAUUGUGGGCGAUGCUAGCCAAGCAUCCUUUCCCUGCCCCGCAAGGUUGUGCUGGGGUCGCCGAAUGCGCCCACCGAGAGGGUUUGGCGGCUCCCGUUCAGAAAGCCCCCUUCCUCAAAUUGGUCCAGAGUUAUCUCUCCGGAUUGGGCUGGGGGAGAUAUUCCAGCGAGUUGGUCCCGGUGCUGGAAGGGUUUUUCGGCGGCGACGGAGUUUUCGCCCACGAGCGGAUCGGCUUCGCGGACUUUUUGGAUAAAACCGAAGACGCCCUGGAAGAGCUGGCGCGCUAUUUGGGGGUGAGCGAAGACGGGGUGGACGAUUUCGAAGACGCCAUCCUGAAGGAGCUGGGGGCAGUUCCCGGACGCAGAUCCACUCGGGGAGACGGAGCCAAAGAGAGAAACCAUCCUAAGAACCGGGCGUACGGUUAGCCCGUCUCUCGACCGGCGUGACGAGGGUCAUCGUAUGGACAUUGGUGAAAGUCUCAAGGGAAGAACCUUCUUAAUUUCCUUGCCAAGUUUUUUUUUUGUGGGGGUCGUCUCCCCGCUCCCCCCCCCUCACUCUUCGAACUCCAUAUUCCAUCUUACACAUCCGGGAGUAACGCCCAGUGAGUUAUUUAGCUGAUGUAUCCGAGCUCUCCUUUCCUCGAUCCGUUUUUUUUGGGGGGGGGGGGUUGAAACACCAGAAGUCCUCGACUUACGACCACCAUUUCUGUCGUUCAGCGAGACAUCGGUGGAGUGAGCUUUGCCGCCGCCCCCCCAUUUUGCCUACCUUCCUUGCCACUGUCGUUAAGCAAAUCGCCGCAGUUUGUUAAAUUAGUAACGGGGGUUGUUAAGUGAAUCCGGCUUCCCGCCCCCCCGCUUGUCAGAACGGUCGUAAAAAGGGGACCACCCAGCGACCGUCGUUAAGUACGAGUCGUUUGCCAAACGUCUGAAAGUUCGAUCCCGUGACCUCCGGGGAUGCUACAAAGGUCUUCUUAAGUGUGAAAAACGGUCCUCAAACGGCCGUCGCAACUUCGGUCGCUAAACGAACUGUCGUAAGUCGAGGACUGCCGAAAAGAAAAAAUAUUCCCCUCUGCCCUUCCGCACGCACAUUUCUCUGGCCUCGUCCCUUCUUCCUUUCUUCCCUCCUCCCAAAAAAAGAAACCCCACCCACUUGAUCUUGAUCUUCAGAUUGGCUUAAAUCUUGAGGUUCCCCUUUCUUGCUUACAACUUUUAAGCCGAUCAGGGCGGGCAGCACCUCGCCAAAUCAAAGGGGGGUGGGGAGAGACGAUCCAGCUUUGCUUCACACAAUGCCACCAUUGUCUCGUUUGUGGGUUUAGCCACACAAUAAAGGUCCUGCACGUUUUGUUUUAAUGGGAUCAAAGAUCCCCCAAAUCCUUCCCUCUCCUUCCCACCCCAGCUUCAAGGGAUUUAAAUUCCAGGGAGCUGCCCACUUUUUCUCUCCGCACGACUUCCACGCGCACUAAUUCCCCCCCUCGAAUCUCGUCUGGUUAUAUCGCACUGUGUGUCCGACAGCCAAUAAAAAGCACUGAUUUAGAACCAAAAAAAUAAAUAAAUAA